CGGAUUCGCCCCCCCCCCCCCCUUCCCUUUUUGUUGUUCCAGUGAUCUGUUAGGUUGGGAGUUGGUUUUGUCUGUCAGAUAUGAUGAUUGUAUCCAUCCCCGCAGCUUUUUUCCGUGUAGAUUUGUUUAGGUUAGUGCCGUUUCUGGGAUGCGUUUGAUUGAUCUGCUAAGCGCGGUAGCUGGGAUGUGCGUCAGUUUGAUCUGCUGAUCCGUAAUUGAUUGGUUGUUGGCAUUCGAGUUAUUCAUGUGAGGCUGGCUUGCUUAGUUGUAGUAGUCUGAUGUAUUUAGUCAGUUCGAAUGUAUGUAUUCUGUUCCCUGGCCUUUAAUCCAUAGACCAUUUCUCUUCACUAGUAUGUUUUAGUGGGUAUGUGGUUUACUCUGUAAUUCCUUUUUUGAAUUUACAGUGCAAUCCCCAUUGUUUUUUAGUGUGAUUUUCAGUGUAUUUUAUACUGGAUUUUCAUUGUAAUUUUCUAGUGGAUAGGUAGAAUAUUUGUAGUGUAAAUCCAAAGCAAUUUGUAGUGUAAUCCCUGGUUAUUUUAUAGUGUAAUUUCAGUGUAUUUUGUCAGUGGAUCUGCACUGUAUUUGCUAGUGGAAUAACAAUGUAUAUGUCCUAAUUGCAGUGUAUUUUUGUCAGUGGGGUUGCACUGUACUCCCUUCAUCCGGAAAUACUUGUCAUCAAAAUGAAUGAUAAGAGAUGUAUCUAGAACUAAAAUACGUCUAGAUACAUUCACUUUUAUCCAUUUUGGUGACAAGUAUUUUUGGACGGAGGGAGUAUUUGUUAGUGGAAUUACAGUGUAUUUGUCAGUGAUGUACAGUGUAAUUUGAUAGCUGAUUUAUAGUGUAAUUGCCAUGGAUUUGCACUGUAUUCUCUAGUGGAAUUACAGUGUAAUUCACUUGAAUUUUUAUAGUGGAAUUGCGUUGUGGAUUUACAGUGUAAUUGAUAGCUGAUUUUACAGUGUAAAUUCAGUGUAAUUUACAGUGUUAUUGGUAGCAGAGGAAUUGUGACUGUUCUUGUGAUGCAUCGCUAGUUUGUAAGUUCUUGUGAUGCAUCUGAUUCCAGUGUAUUUCUUAGAGGAUUUAGACUGUAAUUAUAUUCAGAUUUACACUGUAAUUUUCAUCGGAAUUCCAGUGUAUUUUUCUUAGUCGGUGAUUACAGUGUACUUACAAUGUAAUUCUCAGUUGGUUUCCACUCUAAUUCGCAGGGAAUUUCUACACUGUAAUUCUCGGUGGGUUAUGUAGUGAAAUAAAAGAGAUGUAGACUGUUAUAGAUUAAAGUAUGGGGAAACUCAUGAAGGCUUUUGGUAAGGGAACUUCUGCUGCUUGUGUUGAAGAUUGUGAUGAUUCAGAUGGGGAUCCUUUUGUCCCCAAUGAUUUUGCCGAGGAUGAUCCUUUUCAAGCUUUGGAGGAAGGUCAAAUGGAUGAUCCUUAUUUGGAGAAAGCUUUGUAUGAGUUCUACGUGUCUCAUAAAGUGAAUUGCUUAAAACGGAAGAUUACAAAUGCUGGAGCUCGCAAUGUGAAGCGCAAGAGGUCUUCUGAUUUUCCUGUAGCCACUACAUUCACUAGAUACUCUGGCAAGUUGUUCUUCACCGUUAUUGGUGGCUUGUCUCUUAGGCAAGUCCGUGUUCUUCAGAGCUACAGGGCAGAUUGCCUUCUCAAAUUUGUGAGGACAGAGGUGCCUCUUAGGUUUGUCAAAUGACAGUGUCCAAAUUUGAUCUUGCUUCAGAGAUUCAGAUUAGGAAGAAGUUUAUUCCGAUUCCCAAAUAUGUCAAACAUGACAUCUUAGACCUUCCUGUUGAUGGUGAGCCCAUUAUGUCUGAUGUUGAGGCUGGGCGUGAGUUUAUCUUGUCCCAUUUCAAUGUGACCAGCAUCCCACCGGUUUUUUUCUUCUGCAAUACACUCAAAUCUGAAGAAUUGCCUAAUGAAGACAUUUUCAUCUGCUUCAUGUGUAUUGCCUUGUCCACUUUCUUGUGUCCAAAUUCAAGCCUUUCUCCUAGUUCCAAAUAUCUCCACAUUUUCAGAGAUUGUAGUUCUGUGAUGAACUAUGAUUUAUCUAGAUUGGUAUAUGAGAGUCUCCUUGGCAAUAUUAAGAAGUUUAAGGAUUCUAUGAAGGUUGCUUCUAUGAGAUCAAUGACAUUUGGCGGUUGUCACUACGCAUUCGCUGCGAGUCUUGAUUUUUACAGUGUAAAUUUAGGUAGAAUUAUAGUGUAAUUGUAGGUACAUUUACACUAUAAUUCCUACUAUAUUUACACUGUAAUUGUAGAUCGAUUUUACAGUGUAAUUCUAGGUCGAUUUCACAGUGUAAUUCUAGGUAAAAUUACAGUGUAAUUCCUACUAUAUUUACACUAUAAUUGUAGGUCGAUUUUACAGUGUAAUUCUAGGUACAUUUACACUGUAAUUCCUACUAUCUUUACACUGUAAUUGUAGGUCGAUUUUACAGUGUAAUUGUAGGUACAUUUACACUGUAAUUCCUACUAUAUUUUACACUGUAAUUCUAGGUACAUUUACACUGUAAUUCCUACUGGAUCUACACUGUAAUUCCUACCGGAUUUUCAGUGUUUUUCUUAGUGUAGUAGAUUUUACAGUGGAUUCAAACUGGAUUUACAGCGGUAUUUAUAGUGUAAAUCUUAAUGUAAUUUUAGUUGAUUUUAUAGUGUAAUUUUAGUGGUUUUUGUCAUUUCCUUUUUAAUUGUGUGUGGUUAGUUUUAGAUUAGAGAUGGGAAAUUUUUGCCUUGUAAUGUUGGGUUCUUUUUCUCCUUUCUCGCUGCUUUGCCUGGCUGGGUU